AUGGAAUAAUAGGAGGAAUUCUUUUAAGAGUUUAAACAUAUUUACAGUAUUGAUAUACCGAUCAAUAAAUCAGAACUUACUAAAGAAAAUGAGAUCUAAAAAUUUUUAUUUUAUAUUGAUCUCACAAAUGAUGAAACAUAUUCAAAGGCAUUGGCUCAACUAUCAACUAAUAUAUUUAUACACAGAUAUUGGUAGGGUGGAAUUUUAAGUGAGUUUCAAAUAAAUAAUAGAGAAAAUAAAUAAUCUAUUUUCUGCUAUUACUUUAAUAAGUUAAUUCAAUAAGAUGAACAAAUAAAUAUAUAGAAUUUUUUUAGAUUUAGAAUAUUUUUAUAGGAUUUCAUUUCCACUUAAAAAAACUAUUAGAUAAAGUUUGUAUUUCAUUUUAGACAAAAAUAACUUAAUUAAAAAGAUUUUGAAGAUUAUAUAAUAAAGUGUAUUUAUUAAAUACUUGAAGGAUCUUUCGAUGUGCUAAAUGAUAUCAUUUUUUUGUAUAAUUAGUAGGACUCCGAGAUAAUCAAUUAUUGUAAGAUAUCAAAAAAAAAAAUAAAUUUUUAAAAAAGCAAAUAACAUGGUAAAUUUGACUCUAAAUUUAUUGAAACUUUGGAUUAAUUUUUGAAUUACUUUUAAUUUAAAAAGAAUGAUCCCAAUUUAAUAGGAUAUAAAUGUUAAAAUUAUGUACAAGAUAAUGUAAAUGUAGUUUUAAAAGUAUUCGAGGAAGAACUUAUAAAACUUUAAAAAGACAUAUCCUUAAUGAUUGAAUUUCCAGUGAAUCUGAAUAAUGAAAUAAAUGAAAAUAAAAAUGUUUAAAAAUAUUUGGACAGUUUGAAGACUAUUAUGGGUGAAAUUUAUAUGAUAUUUAAAAAUAUUUAUGAGUUUGAUGAAAAGGUAAAACAAAUUCAUAUUGUUUUAAAUAAAUAUAGAAAUUAAUUGAUAAAAUAUUUGAGUGAUAUUGUUAACGAAAAUAGUGAAUUUUAAAAAUACCUAAAAUUAAUUUACAAAGAUAAAUCCCCUGAUGAUGUUUUUAAUUAAUUACUUCAAUUUAAAUUUGAAUUAGUUGGAUCUGAUAAUGAAGUUUUACAAAAAUUAAAAAAGUAUAAUUAUAAUUAAGAUUCUAUAAAUGCAACUUUGAUGAGGGUUAUAAUUGAUAUAAAGUUUUGGUUCGAGUAAUUCAACUUAUAUCUUCCAUAAAGCUUGGCUUACCUGAAGAGAAUGAUAAUCUCUUAAAAUUAGAAUAUAAAUUAAGAUAAACCUCAUGUUUUUGUAUUAGGUAUGACAAGAGUUGGAAAAAGUACAUUAUUGAAUAUAUUAAAAAAUCCAGAGAAUAUUAUAGUUAAUCAGAAUAAGAACUUUGAUGUAAAAGUGAAAGAUAAUAAUAUUGUGAUAUCUGAUUCAAAUAAUAGUGAAACAUUUUUGUUGUAAAAUCAGGAGAUUGAUAAUUUUAUAUUUGUUGAUUCUCCUGGGUUACGAGAUACUUCUAAUAAUAAUAGAGUUAUAAAUCAUUACAAAACCUUCAUUGAAGUAAUUAAAGCAAAAUAACAGAUUUUUUUAUUGAUGAUUGAUGGGGAAGAACUUAUUAAAAAUAAAAAUGAUUUAAUAGAUUCAAUAGAAGCAAUCAAUUUGAUGUUAGGAAAAUAAAAUAAUGAUAAUUGUCUUCAAAAUCUUAUUCUUCCUGUAUUUACUAAAAUAAAAAAUGAUACUACUAUGGAGAAAAUUAAAAAUAAAUGGCAAAGUGAUACAAUGAAAGAUAUUAAAGACCAAUUUUAAUUAAAGAUUUUGAACAUAAUUAAAAAAGCAAUUGAUGAAGGAAGUUAUUUUAUAAUUUAUAUUGCGGAAAACUAUGAAAUUGAAUUUCAGAAAGAAUAAUUGGAUUCAGAAAUUAAAACUUUGAAAGAUCAAGCUUUGAAAUUUUAUAGAGAAAAGGAAUAUAAGCAAGCCGAGGCUAUAGAUGAAUAAAUCAAUUUAAAAGAAAAAGAGCUAAACAAUUUAUAACAAGUGAAUUUUUUAUAAAAUAUAAAACAGAUUAAGGAUGAUCUUUUAAAGAAAUGUGAAAAAAUAUUGAAAGCAAGAUAAAAAAAUGGUUAAUCUUUAAAUUUUGAAUUCAAUUUAACUCCUGGAUUGUAAGAUGGUUUAAAAAAGUUAUUACCUCAUCGGAAAAAGUUUUAUAAACAUAUCUUGAACAUUAUAAAAAGUGAUUUAAUUGCUAAAAUGCUUUAUGAUGAUACCAAAAGUAUAAAUGAUAAAUUUAAACAAAUUUUUGAUAUUUAUUCCAUAUAAUUAAAUAAACUCUCAGAUAUACCACAAAAUAUAAUUACUUAGGAUAUUUAGUAGUAUAUUGAAUAAUUGGAUACUUUUAAUAAGAUUAUAUCUGAAUCGGAUGAUUAAAAUUAAUACCUUUAAAAAGAUGAUUUUCAAUAAUUUAAAAAUCAUUUAAGGCUCCUUAAAACUGCUUUUAGGAAAAUUCCUACAAUUUUAAAAGCGGCUGGGCUAAAAUAAAUAAUAUGGGAUUCAUUAAGCAUAAAGCAUUGGAAAAACGAAAGUAUAUUUAAAACAGCAUUUUCUUGGAGUAUAUUUUCGGCGCCUUUGUUGAUUGUAUAUAUGGAAUUAUCUGCAAUUAAUCUAUUAUUUACUAAUAACGUUUUUGUGACAGAGUAAGAAAAAAAAAAAUUAGAGAGACUAAAUUUGCUUAAGUUUUAGCAAGAGUAUUGGAAAAAUUGUGAGAAAAGUAAAUGA